CCGGGAUAACAUCAAGUUUUCUUUGUAGUUUCAAAACCCAAACAUAAACUCACAUACACACAAAGAAAAAUCAGUUCUUUCACGAAAAUGUUAAGCGAAUUAUUGGACGAUGAUGAGCUAAUUGAGAAUGAUUUCCAAGAGGAGGAAGAUCCAGAUGUUGAACUAGAUGGCGGAAAAACGGAGGCCAGAAUUGUUAACAAACAGAAGGCACCACUGGAAAAGAGCCCAUUUAAGGUGCUGGUGGAGCUCAAGGGUGUAGGAGCCGACGAGGGCAGAUUAGGCGUGGAUCUUGUGACUAUCUUAGAUAUCAGCAGGAGCAUGAAAGGACCAAAAUUAGCAAAAAUGAAACUAUCCAUGCAAUUCUUGAUCCGGAAACUUAGUCCAGUAGAUCGUUUGUCUGUCGUGGCUUAUAGUAGGAGGGCCAAGAAGUUAUGUCCACUGCGUCAGAUAACCGAAGAAUCUCAAACGGAGAUUGUAGAUCUCGUCAAUGAUUUGGUAGCUAAUUCAACGACAAACACUGAAGCUGGCCUUAGAAUGGCUUUAAACAUACUGAAAGGCCGCAAGCUUACAAAAAACCGCACUGUUGGGAUCAUGCUUAUGACGGAUGGGGUGGAAGAUGCAAAGAGUAAUGCUAGCAGGGUUCCAGUCAGCGAGGUGCCCGUAUACACAUUCGGUUUCGGUAGAGAAUGCGAUCAGGAAAUUUAUGUGGUGCUUAGCGACAUUGCCAAGAAAAGCAAAGGGGGGACUUUCACAGCUGUUCCAGACUUGAAUUAUUUGACGGUUCCAUUCUCUACGUCUUUGGCUGGGCUUCUCAAUGUGUCUAUCGAGGACCUGAAUCUGACGGUGACACCACUGAAUAGUUCUGAACUCAAUAAGGUGGACGCUGGAAAUUACCCACAAACAGAGCAGGCCACUGUAAUGGAUCCUAUAACCGUUACGUACAGGUCAAUAUACGACAGAGAGACCCGUAAGGUCCUAGCAAACCUAACUCUGCCGAAGGUUGAUAAAAGAUUAGGUGUCCAGAUUUUCAAAGUCGGAUUUCGGUACAGGGUUCUUGGGAAGGAUGCAUUUGAUCAUGACGAGAGACUCAUAAACGUGACCCGCACAGAGGAACCAAAUGAAGAAGAGAUACCGGAAGUACAAGCAGAAGAAACACGUAUCAACACUGCAAAUUCGAUGAAAGAAGCCAGAAUAUUGGCUGAAAAAGAAAAGCUGGAGGAGGCUAGGAAAAUGUUGGAAGAUGCCAAUAUAUCACUUCCAGAGAUUGAGGACAUACUUAGAGCUCAGGUGGAGCACCUCCAUUUACUCAUGGCAUCUCAAGAAACCUAUGACAAACAAGGGAGAGCUUUUGCACUUGCCGUUGAGUCUUCUCAUGAAACCCAACGUGCCAAAGCUCUCCCAGAUGGUAUUCCUGGUUUGUACGAGACUCCCCUUAUGGCCGAAUACAAGAAACAAGCUAAGAAUUUUGACUUGGAUCCCGAGGGUUACGUAAUUCCUACAGCGGAGGAAGAUAAGAAAGCUACCGCCACGCCGCCUCCUCCACCACCACCACAACAGGUGGAUCGUGCUAAUAAAAUUCAGGAGAUCCGCGAUUUGGUCACCCUCCCUGCCAAAAAAGUAGAUGAACUAGAGUGAUCAUAUAGACUCCAGCAUCGCCCAACUUAAUAUUUAUGACCUUAAAGCUCUAGCCAUGGACUUGAUUUCUAUAGCUUUCUAUCAAUAAGAUAAGAUACGUGUGUAUUUCAUACUACUACUUCUGUUUCAGUUGCUUUUAUGUUUCACGCCUUUGUGAAAAUUGGUUCGAAGUUUGAAAUAAAUGUGUGUGUUUGUGUGCAA